GAUGUUGUAAACAACUUGUACAUAGUAUACAUACAUACAUACGUAUAUCGUAUAAUUUAUUAUAAUGGGAAAAAUGGUAUAUUUGCCAGUCACUGUCAGUGUGCUGGAUUGAACGGAACAAAAUGGCGAAUACUAUGGUAAUAAAGCGACUUCUAUCAACAUCUCAAAAGCUUAACGUUACGUCUAACGUUACGGUGAUUGGGGGAGGUUUAAUGGGUGCUGGAAUAGCACAGGUUGCGGCACAAGCGGGUCAAAAUGUGACAUUGGUUGACGUAAAUUCAGACGUUCUGAAAAAGUCAGAGGAACGAAUUACCUCCAGUUUAAUGAGGGUGGCGAAAAAAUUACAUAAGACCAACUCAUCCGAUGUCGAGGCUUAUGUAAAUCGUGCCAGAUCACGUUUGAGCACGUCAACGGAUCCUGUGGAGGCCGUAAAAAGAUCCGAUCUCGUUAUCGAGGCCAUCGUGGAAAACCUGGAUGUGAAACGUAAACUUUUUAAAGAUUUGGACGUUGCUGCGCCUUCCCACACACUCUUUGCCUCGAACACGAGCUCUUUGUCGAUUAAGGACAUCGCCCAAGAUGUGAAGAGAAAGGACAAGUUCGGUGGUUUGCAUUUUUUUAAUCCUGUACCGGUUAUGAAACUGCUCGAGGUGAUUAAAACCGACGAAACGUCGCCCGAAACGGUCAAGGCGUUUGAGGAAUGGGGAAAAUCGAUUGGUAAAGUCACUGUUAUUUGUAAGGACACUUUGGGUUUUAUUGUUAACAGGUUGUUGGUUCCUUACAUGUCCGAGGCGGUACGGAUGUAUGAAAGAGGCGAUGCCUCUUUCCAAGAUAUCGACACUGCCAUGAAAUUAGGGGCUGGUUACCCUAUGGGUCCUUUCGAAUUGUCCGAUUUUACAGGUCAUGAUACUGGAUUGUACAUACAGCAAAUUUUCCAUAAAAAGUUUCCCAACGAUCCUCUGUUUAAACCCAUAGCAACCGUAAAAAAGAUGGUCGAUGAAGGGAAAUUGGGGGUUAAAUCAGGAGAAGGGUUUUAUAAAUAUAAUAAAUAAUUUCUUAUUUUUUGAAUCUUAUACACCUACCCACAAAUACAUGCUCAACUCUUUCAGUA